GAAGGCCCCGCGGCCAAGCUCGCAAGCGAGCGAGCGGCGCUGGGACCCCGCGGGCUGCUGGGGCUUCCGCGGCGCCCGCCUACGCUUCCUUCCCUCCGGCGCUCGGGGCGCCGACCGGCGCCGCCUCCCGGGAAGAUGGCGCUGCACUUCCAGAGUUUGGCUGAAUUGGAAGUAUUAUGUACUCAUCUCUACAUAGGGACUGAUCUUACACAAAGAAUAGAGGCUGAGAAAGCACUCCUGGAACUUAUUGACAGCCCAGAAUGUCUCAGCAAGUGUCAACUUUUAUUAGAACAAGGAACAACCUCCUAUGCUCAACUCCUUGCAGCAACAUGUCUUUCAAAACUUGUUAGCCGAGUCAGUCCUUUGCCAAUUGAACAGAGAAUAGAUAUCAGAAACUACAUUCUUAAUUAUGUGGCGUCACAACUCAAGCUGGCUCCCUUUGUCAUCCAAGCUCUAAUUCAAGUCAUUGCUAAAAUCACUAAAUUGGGAUGGUUUGAGGUUCAGAAAGAUCAGUUUGUCUUCAGAGAAAUUAUUGCUGAUGUGAAGAAGUUUCUUCAGGGUACUGUGGAACACUGCGUAAUAGGAGUAAUAAUACUUUCAGAAUUGACUCAGGAAAUGAACCUGGUUGAUUAUUCUAGACCUUCUGCAAAACACAGGAAAAUAGCUACCUCAUUUCGUGACACUUCUCUUAAAGACAUUUUAGUGCUAGCAUGCUCUCUUCUAAAAGAGGUAUUGGCCAAGCCUUUAAAUCUUCAAGAUCAAGGUCAACAAAAUCUAGUAAUGCAAGUCUUAAAACUGGUCCUCAACUGCCUUAACUUUGACUUCAUUGGCAGUUCAGCAGAUGAAUCUGCAGAUGAUCUUUGCACAGUACAGAUUCCAACAACUUGGAGAACAAUUUUCCUGGAACCAGAAACUUUGGAUCUUUUCUUUAAUUUGUAUCAUUCACUUCCACCACUACUAUCUCAGUUAGCACUUUCAUGUUUAGUUCAGUUUGCUUCUACAAGAAGGUCCUUAUUUAGCAGUCCUGAACGUGCGAAGUACCUUGGUAAUUUAAUUAAGGGUGUAAAAAGGAUACUUGAAAACCCUCAGGGUUUGUCUGAUCCAGGUAAUUAUCAUGAAUUUUGUCGAUUUUUGGCUCGUUUAAAGACAAAUUAUCAGCUGGGAGAAUUAGUUAUGGUGAAAGAGUAUCCUGAAGUUAUCAGAUUGAUUGCUAAUUUUACCAUUACUAGCCUACAGCACUGGGAAUUUGCUCCCAACAGUGUUCAUUAUUUAUUAACUCUGUGGCAAAGGAUGGUAGCGUCGGUUCCUUUUGUGAAAUCAACUGAACCCCACUUACUAGACACUUACGCACCAGAAAUCACGGAGGCCUUUAUCACUUCUCGCUUGGAAUCUGUUGCCAUAGUUGUGAGAGAUAAUUUAGAUGAUCCACUGGAUGAUACUGCCACUGUGUUUCAGCAGUUGGAGCAGUUGUGCACUGUUAGCAGAUGUGAAUAUGAAAAGACAUGUGCUCUUCUUAUACAGUUGUUUGAUCAAAAUGCUCAGAAUUACCAAAAGCUUCUGCAUUCAGCCUCUGGGCUAUCUAUGGACAUGGCAAUUCAGGAAGGACGUCUUGCCUGGCUGGUAUACUUAGUUGGGACAGUUGUUGGAGGAAGAUUAACAUAUACCAGUACAGAUGAACAUGAUGCUAUGGAUGGAGAAUUAUCCUGUCGAGUUUUUCAGCUUAUAUCUUUAAUGGAUACCGGAUUGCCUCAGUGUUCUAAUGAGAAAAUAGAACUUGCAAUUCUGUGGUUCUUGGAUCAGUUUCGUAAAACAUAUGUUGGUGAUCAACUUCAAAGAACCUCAAAGGUUGUACGCCUGAGGAGUGAUGUGUCCAGAGUUCCAGAGAAGGCUUGGAAAAUAGUUAAGGUGUAUGCCCGUAUGUCAGAAGUCUUAGGAAUAACAGAUGACAACCAUGUUCUAGAAACAUUCAUGACAAAAAUUGUUACAAACCUUAAAUACUGGGGAAGAUGUGAGCCUGUAAUUUCAAGGACCCUUCAGUUCCUAAAUGAUCUUUCUGUUGGCUAUAUCCUUUUAAAAAAACUUGUGAAGAUUGAUGCUGUGAAAUUCAUGUUAAAAAAUCACACGAGUGAACACUUCCCCUUCCUUGGCAUCAGUGACAGUUACAGUCUCAGUGACUUCAGGUGCCGAACAACCUUCUACACAGCCCUCACUCGUCUUCUGAUGGUAGAUCUAGGCGAAGAUGAGGACGAAUUUGAGAAUUUCAUGCUGCCUCUUACAGUCUCUUUUGAAACAGUAUUACAAAUAUUCAACAACAACUUUAAACAAGAAGAUGUAAAGCGUAUGUUGAUCGGGCUGGCAAGAGAUCUUCGAGGGAUUGCCUUUGCACUGAACACAAAGACCAGCUACACCAUGCUGUUUGACUGGAUGUACCCAACAUAUCUUCCCAUUCUUCAGAGGGCUAUUGAGCAGUGGUAUGGAGAGCCAGCAUGUACAACUCCCAUCUUAAAACUUAUGGCAGAACUGAUGCAAAACAGAUCCCAGCGUUUGAAUUUUGAUGUAUCAUCUCCUAACGGAAUUCUCCUCUUCAGAGAGGCUAGUAAAAUGAUUUGCACUUAUGGUAAUCAGAUCCUGUCCCUUGGGAGUCUCUCAAAAGAUCAGAUUUAUCCAAUGAAACUCAAGGGCAUCUCCAUCUGCUAUUCAGCUCUCAAAUCUGCCUUGUGUGGAAAUUAUGUCAGCUUUGGCGUCUUCAAGUUGUACGGGGACAACCAUUUUGACAAUGUACUCCAGGCCUUUGUCAAAAUGCUGCUGUCAGUGUCCCACAGUGACUUGCUACAAUAUCGGAAACUGAGCCAGUCUUACUACCCACUCCUGGAAUGUCUCACCCAGGACCACAUGAGCUUCAUCACCAACUUAGAGCCUCCUGUACUCCUCUAUGUUCUCACAUCUAUCUCAGAGGGACUCACUACUCUUGAUACAGUUGUCUCCUCCAGCUGCUGUACCAGUUUAGACUACAUCGUCACCUACCUCUUCAAGCACAUAGCAAAGGAGGGCAAGAAGCCCCUUCGAUGCAGAGAGGCUGCCCAGGCCGGUCAGAGACUAUUACACUUUAUGCAGCAAAAUCCAGACGUCCUGCAGCAGAUGACGUCCGUCCUCAUGAACACCAUUGUCUUCGAAGACUGUCGGAACCAGUGGUCAGUGUCCAGGCCUCUGCUGGGGCUCAUCCUGCUCGAUGAGAAGCACUUCAGUGAGCUGAGGGCAAGUCUGAUAAACAGCCAGCCUCUCCCCAAGCAGGAGGUCCUGGCCCAGUGCUUCAGGAACCUGAUGGAAGGAGUGGAGCAGAACCUUUCUGUCAAGAACCGAGACAGGUUCACCCAGAACCUCUCUGUCUUCAGAAGAGAUGUGGCAGAGGCCCUGCGCUGUGAUGGCAGCACAGAGUCGUGCAGUCUGGACAUGAUGAGCUGACCCAGCUUCUGACCAUGUGCCGAGCAGCCCUUAUCAUAAAGAGACUCUUGUGGGUCUAGGUCCCAGGACAGUGAUGUUGGCCAGCCCAGGGGAAUUUAUUUUUCAAAACAAAACAAACAACAACAACAACUAAAGCCCUACCUUUUUAUAAGUCUGGUCUAAUUAUAAGAAUUUGUAAUAGUGCACAAACAAUGUAAAUUCUGUCUUUGCACUAAAAAAGCAAAAGAUGUGUUUUCAGUCUUUCUAUACAGUUAUCAUUAUCUUUGUUCCUAUAAUGCUCUGAAAAGGUGUAGAAACAGUAUUUAACCAAAGAACACAAUAAACCAGGUUUGCACCUAA